GUCAUGAAACAGUUUGCCUCGGUGUGUUUUUCAUCUUCGUGAACCACAGAAGCAUUGACAGUUUCUUCGAGCACAUACACCCAUACACCUUUCUACUGCAGGCUUCAUCACACACUCCUUUCAUUCGGGGCCUGAUCUUCAAGUCGACUUGUUUCUCUGAGUUCACGCACGCCUAGAAACCAGAAGCACAUCCACUCAUCUCGGCGUGUCUACAGGGACAGUUGGUUUUGAGACAAUUUAGUCAGAAAAGAGACAGAGAGACAGAGAGAGAGAGAUCUGUAUGCUCUGAGGAGAGACAACUGGUACUGUGUCACAGCUUGGCAGAGAAAUAUGAGACUGCAGUUCUGCUGAUAGCAGGAGUAUCAUGGGCAGCAGGCCAAGUAAAGGGAGGAGGAACAGCGUCCAUCACACGUCCCUGCUGGAUCCGGAUCAACACACUGAGUCCCAAACCAUGGAUGGCAGGUAUGUAGUGGUUGCCCUGUAUAACUACCCGUUAGGAAGUCCCUCAGACUGCAGCAUCAGAUUCGGGGAGAGACUCGAAGUGCUUUCCGAUGAAGGCGAAUGGUGGCAAGUCAGGUCAUCUGCUACAGGAGUGGAGAGCUACAUCCCCAGCAUGUACACAUGUAAAGUGUUUAACAGGUGGCAGUUUGUAGGCCUCAAUAAGCAGAAAGCAGAGGAGCUCCUUCUCUGUCCUCAGAAUCAGCCUGGAUCCUUUCUCAUUAGAGAGAGCCAGACCAUAGCUGGUGCUCACUCACUGUCAGUAAGACUUGAGAGACAGUCCAUCAAACACUACCGCAUCCAACGCAUAGAGAACGGCUGGCACUACAUCUCCCCGCGCCUCACCUUCCCCUCUCUCACACAUCUCGUCGAGCACUACUCAGAAGUGUCUGAUGGCCUGUGCUGUUUCCUGAGAGAGCCGUGCUUCAUUCAAGGCUCCAACAACGUCCCGGUUGUGAGCGGCCCGCCCCCCGUCUCGGUGCGAAAACCCACCAUCAACUGGAAGGAUGUCAACAGCUCCAUGAUCUUCGGCGGGGCCCAGAAGGAAGGUGUGGAAGACUCGCUUGUCAGUGAGGGCCUGAAGGAGUCCAUUAAUUCCUACCUUUACAUGACUGAGAAUAGCAACUGUUGCGAAUGUUCGGAAAACUGGGACACGUGAGCUGGCUGGACAGGCUGAAGACAGGAGGAGAGUUACUGUAAGGCCGAGACUGCCGGCUAGACUUUACUGUCUCUCAGAUCUCAGACGGCAGAUGUGUUCUGCGUUCGUGCAGAAAAGAGUUGAAAAGAAAGAGACGGCGCUUUCCUGUAGUCCACAGUCUCUGUUAAGUCAUCGCGCUUGUUCCAGUGUGGGUGAUGGAGAUUAUAGCGUCACAGAUUCCUGUGUGGACUCGUUCCUGAGGAUGUGAAUUAAAUGCAAAAUCAAACCGAAACAAAGAUUUCGCAGUGACAGUGGGAGGCUCGAAGCAGCGUGUGCAACCAUUUGUGUUUCUGGAACUUUCUGUUUUCACGGACCAGCGAGAGGUGAGGCCAUGAUUCACAGACUCGAAACCUUUCCUUCCUGCUCAUUUACAAAAGGUUGUUUUUUUUCUUUUUUCUUGUCUAACUUAAAAGUUCUGACUACAGAACAUCUGUAAAUUCACUGUGUGCUCUGUACAGGUUGUUGAUCGUGCUACGUACGACACUGCAGUAUGUAUAAUUUACUGCUGCUUAAAGAAACGCUUCAGAAUUAAGUCCUGUUUUCACUCAAGUUGAGCUACAAUAAAAAAAAAAAAAAAACAUACUGCCUCAGGAAAUGUGUGUGUGUGUGUUGCAGAGAAAGACAAAGUGAGAGAGUGUUCAUAUGCAUGUGUAUUGUUGUGGCGAAUUGUUUCCUGUUUAAAACAUAUUCACACAACCCAGCCCAUGUCAAAGAGUUCAGGUGAACUAUGAGGUAUAUGCGUGAAAUCAAUCGUAAUAAAGCACAUAGUGAUUUAAAGUUAUAAGCAUUCCUCCCACCAUUGCACAUGUCGGCCGUCUGUCUAAAAAUGCCCCAAACUGCCCAGAUUUCCCCCUAAACUUGAAAUGUAGUUGUUGUUUUGUUUAAUGUUUUAUAGAUUUCCUGUGUAUUUCCAGUCUAGCCCUUUUCUAUAUGAUUCUGCACAAUCAAAUCAUCAUCUAAACAGUUCACACUAACAUAUGGACUGGGUAGUUGAUACGUAAUCCAUUACUACAUAGGAAAACAAGUUCAUCAUCAGAGUUUUCAAUAUAUAUCUUAAUAAGUCCUCUAACUUAAGACAUAAACAAAUAACUGGGGCAGAUGAUCAGACCAGUGAUGAGUUUACUGGUGAUGCUGAAUGCCGAGUGGCUGAAACAGACGAGAGGGGAAAUGAGGUCGCUGCUGAAGGUUUUAUCUAAACAACUCAUUUUUAACCUUUAUCUUUAGGACGCUUUCAGCCUGUUGCAGUAGGCAUGUUUUUUAAAUAGAAUUUACAUAAUUUAAUGUAAUAUGAAGAAAUGAUGGGUGGCUCAAAACUUUUGCUUUAUUAAGAUAUCCCUAAAGAGCAAGUUAGCGGUGAUAGUGACAUGAAAAACCUUCCUGGGAUGACGUGAGAAAGAAACCUUGUAGACUCAAAAGGAAACCCGUGCUCAUCGGCCCGAGACCGUAUGGUCUCAAAUAAAUGCUUUCUAUAACCGUGUGCUAUAUGUUCAAAUGUUCACUUGUAUAGCAGAAUCUUCCAUUUUAGUAAACACAAAGUACUGUACACUAUUUAAAUGGUUAUUUAAGUUUUAGACUAAAUGAUUAUAUAAAAAUCACAGAGAUCUGGGUAAUAUCAUAAUUCACAAUAAAAGUUACAUUUCUUGUCACAUACUGUAUAGACAUGACUACAUUUGAAAAAUGAUUCCUAACCCUUUAAAGCUAGUUGGUGCCAGGUGUAUGAGUGAGCACUAAUACAGUAAAAUGCUGGAGGGCAGCACGGCUCCUUUACACCUAUAAUAGGUGUUGAGAAGAACUUGUCCUGGACAGAUGGUGAUGCUGAAGAUUCUCGCUUUGUUUUCUUGCAGCACCACAUGGGCACAGUGCGAAGUAGUAACGCAUUUCAUAAUAUUAUAAUUCACACGUAAAACAAGGUUGACCUCGGCUCACUGUCUGUGGUUUAAUGUUGGUCCAACGUUGGCAAGGGAACACAUUACAUGACAAUCCUGCCAGGCUGUAUUUAAUAGUGGCUGAAUGUCUGAUGAUUCUGGUUGCCAAACGUUGGACAGACGGAUAAAGCGACAUUGGCCCAGCGUUGGCACUCGGCCCCGGCCCAGUGGGAGGGCAGAGCUUAGUGAGGGAGAAGGAAGAAAGAACAAGGAGAGAAGGAAGUUUAGUUUUCAAGCGAUCUCAAAUGGUUGUUGCUGAUGUUUACCACCAGAUGGCAAUGGAAGCUUUGUAUAAUCUACACGGUUCGACCAUAACAAUAAAACAUCGUUUAAUGUAAUAAUCCCAUACAUAACUGUUAACUUCCAGCAGACUAACACUGCUAUCUGUUGUCACCCAAAUAAGGAUGGGUUCCCUGUUGAGGCUGGUUCCUCUCAAGGUUUUUUCCUAUUGCCAUCUCAGGGAGUUAAUACCACUAGUACCAUUGUCACCCUCAACAUUUUGACUCACACGUGUUUUCUCACACAUUUAAUGAUUCUGUAAAGCUGCUUUGCAACAAGUACCAUUGUUAAAAGCGUUAUAAAAAUAAAAUAGAAUAGAAUUUAAUUAAAACCACUCACAGAUGAAGUAAAGAAGAUUUUGCAAUGUUGGACAGAAGAAUAACGGGCAAGCAAAUAAGCCUGAGGUGACUGGUCAGAGCAUCUCCAAAACACCAGGUAUUGUGGGGAUUUUCUGCUAGGCAGUGACUAGUACUUAACAAAAACAGUCCAAGAAAGACAACCGGUGAACCAGCUACAGGGACAUGGAUGGCCCAGGGCCAAUGCACAAGGCUAUCCUCUCUGGUCCGAUCAUACAGAAGAGCUGAUGAUCGAUGACAGAGCAUAGCAUCGAAGCUACCAAAAUACCACGUGUACACUGCCAAAAACACCUGUAUUGGGCGUAAACAUCACAGUGGAUAAGGAUGCACUAUGUGAAGAAGGCAAGCCGGCUGAGGAAGUGUGAUUCUGCCUUGGGUCCCGACAUUCAUGUGGAUGUUACCAUGAGAUGUGCCACCUGAUGCACACCAAGAACACGACUUCAUGAGGACGGUAUUCCCUGAAGGUGGUGGCAUCUUUCAGCAAGAUGAUAUACCCUGCAAUAACAGUUCCGGAAUGGUUUUGGUAAUGCAACUAAGCGUUACCACGGAUCCCAACAAGGCCUUGCUUAGUGCCAUCUUGUGCCAGAAACCACAGCAUACAGUACAGAUAUUAAGUGGGCGCUUUUAUUGUUAUACUUAAUUGGUGUAUAUACAGUAGCAUAGUGUAGUAGAAAAUGAACAGCCUUAAAACUGAAUCUCUUCAGCACCACUAAUUAGAGAAACAAGUGUUGUAAAAGCUGCAUUGCUCCCGAACAUGAAUAGAGGUGAAGCAGUGCGAGGGCUGAGGAAACAUCAACAAAGAAUAAUAAUGAAAAAAGAUUGAAUACAUUCUUAUCAGAUCAUUAAAGGUGCGUUCCUACAUGACACACUCGUAUAUGAGCUGUUCAUCCAUUCAGUGCGUGCAUGUCAGAGAAUGCAUGUGUGUGAGUAAGAUAGAGAGUGAGAGAUUAGUACAUAAGCCUAUAUAUAGCUGAAUCUGACCUUUUUAGAGACACCAGAACAAAACAGCCGUCAUGCACUAAUCCAUUAAUAACUCACAUUAUGAAAUAUGAAAAGGGAGAAAAACAGUGACGCAGCAUAAUAAAUGAUCUGACACUAAACAAAGAGACUCUCUGACCCCAUCACAUUUAUAAUGUGAAUUCACAUUUUCUCAGAUUUUACAGCAAAUGGAAAGCUCAAGCCAGUCUUGAUGCCGCAGGCCUGUGCUCAGGCGUACUAAGUUUGAUGCUCUACCACUUCUGUUAUCUGAACUGCUUUGUUAUAAGUGAUCUUUCAUCUUUUCUUCUUUCUAACCAAACAUUCCACACAUGCUUAGAACAUCUCUGACAUUAUGUCAUAAACCAUACCACCAAAUCAAAGCAUGACACAGUUCUCCAUCCACACGCUUCAGUAACUGGUUGAGUUAUGAAUACAUUUAGACCGUCAUUGACAAUCUCAUUGACUCCAGAUGGACUUUUUUGAUGACAUCAAAGGAACGGCUCAGUAAUCCAGUUUUUCCGUAGACUGCAUGUAUGUGUAUUUAUACUGUAUAUACUGUACACACUGCUCUGUUAAUGAUGUACAUGCCAGUCAUCUGUUCCCGAACAUCUGGAUUUUCUUAGGAUUUAUAACAGUUUAAUUACUAUUAUUGCCCAUGACCAAACAAAAAGAUACGGAACAGCGCCAUAAAUCUUAUUAACUGCUCGCUAUCAGAUUCUAUAAUAAUAGCAAAGCAGAACUAUAAUAAUAAGGGGCUUUACUGGAAGCAGAUGCACAUGUUGGAGGAAAAACCUGUUAAUGCUAUACUGUAGAUUAAAACCUUACAAAUAUAAUAUAAAAUAUAAUCAAGUGUUUUUUCUAUAGAUAAGGGGAAAAAUAAUUGAUAAAGGAACAACCUAAUGUAUUAUUACAAAUACAGAUAAAAUUCAGAUGCUUGUGUAUGUUCAGUAAGAGUUCAAACAG